AUGGCUUGGAACCCUCUAAAAAUUGGAGUAUGCCGCUAUAUUGCAACGAGCACACGGUGUUUUUAUAGUGGAGACCCUCUUUCUCAGACCACCACUCUUUCGAGGUGGGAAUAUGAUCAUGGGUUGGAUUGCAAGAAUCCUUGGAAUGCCGUUACAAUUGUUUCUUUCGAAGAUCAGAUAUCAACUUCAUACACGAACGGACCAUUAGUGAUGUACAAAUCUAGUGAUGAGAAAUGGACGGUUAUCAAUGACCUGUCUUCGCCUUAUGAUAUGAUCUUCAGGGAGUGGAGUUUUUAUGCAGUUGAUAGUAUGGGGAAGGCUGUUGUCAUGAAAAUGGAUGAAGGGAGGUCUCCAAGUGUAAAUGUUGUUGCACAUUCAAUUUUUGAUAAAUAUUUGACUGUUGGUUCGGAAGAUGGUUUGGGGUACGAUGAAGGUUUAGGGUUUUACGAGGAAUUUGAUUGUUAUACGAGUGAGAAGAAGGUGGAGUUUAAGGUUUACAGGUUGGAUGAAAAUGCUGGAAAAUGGAUGGAAGUGAACAAUUUGGGUGAUAGGUUAUUGUUUAUAGAUGAUAAUUAUACAUUUUCAGCUUUUGAGGUUAAAGAAAAUUGCAUAUUGGUUACAGAUGAGUUAGUUUUGUGUCAAGAAGAUGAUUAG